AUGGCGAGUAGCGCCAGCACAUCAAUAGCGUAUCCGCGAUUUCCCUUAGCACGUAUGGGUUCAUGGCGUGCGCCUGCCAGAGAUCAACGCGGAAUGUCGUCGCGGACACAAGGCGCUGCAAAUAAUGUGGCAGCUGCGUCAAGCUACCAAUUCGACACUGCUUCUUCACCUCCUAUGAUCAGAGGACUCGCUAUCCGGCAGUCGUCACUAUUUACAAAAGUCUGCAACCCUUAUCGAGCGGCCUUUUGGUCUUUGCAAAGCGACGUUCCCUUCAUUGUACAAACACACAAAUGCCUGUCACUAGCAGCUCUCCUCUCUGACCCUAUUGGCUGGUUGAAGCUUUUGGUUGAUAAGCUUCAGUCAGCGCUCACAUUCCUGCUCAUAUAUCCACAGCGCAAGGCGCCAGCGCAGCCUGCGUGUGACUGUGCGCCGUCUGCGUCAUCCGCCAGCACAACGGCGGAGUCUUCACACAAAAUUUCGCCAGGAUUCUCAAGAUUAGCAACAGCCCCUGGACGGCAAAUCAGCGAAGCGUGCAGGCAAGCGUUAACGCGCCUGGUCACAACCCAGGCGUCGAAUGCUCCUGUCGGCCAGCGAUCUGCCGCUCCUGCGGUUGCCCUGGCCGUUGCCUUGGCGGCGGCAAUGGCUUUCACCAGCUACUGGCUUUUCCGCCGCUGGAGGACAGUAGUGGAAAACCAGCGGGAGCAUGCACAACGAAUUGCAGUGAAGAAGGACAAUCUUGCUCGCCAGAAGCAGCGCUUCCAGCGCGCUCUGGUAGUGGACAGCGUAAACCUGGAGCUACCGCCCAUUAAGCAGUGGGAGCUGUCCUCCAGGAACCCGCAGCAGGGUAACACAUUACCAGGGCUUGCUGGCGAGAGCCUUCGGCAAUGGCAGCAGUUCAUGGCAGCGUCGCGCGCAACGGAGGUAACAAACAUCUCUGGGGCGCGCGGUGGCAGGGGUGCGGUGGAGCAACCGGCGGAACGUCCCUAUGUCGCGCUUGACGACCGCAUGCUGGCCGACUUGUCGGAGCGUAUCCGUCGGGCCAACGACUUCAACGCUGUUGGAGAGCAGCUAUCACCGAUACCAGCAAUUACUUUUGAGCAGCUGUACGCAAACAGCCGGGAGAGUGAUGAAGCAGCAAUGGCACGUCGAGCUGCGGAGCGGAAGGCGCGAUGGCAAAAGCGACAACCUGGUGAAACCGCAUCGACAAGCGUAGCCCCACCCUACAACAAGGUUGACUUUCGACAAUCCCUUACCAACCCAAAGCCGUUGAAGAAGCCAGUAUGCAACUCCCUGCCUAAGAUCAUGAACUCGAAUAACCCUUUUGUCGUUGGACUCUUUAACAGCUCCGCUGAUGCCGCAACUUCGACCGCGCCAGCCACCAUCAGGAGCAGCAUUAAGCCCCACGAGGCCUCCGCAUUGCAUGGAUUAUCUCUUUCGGAAACUGUUGGGUCAGCUCCAUCAGAAUUUAACCCCUUGGGUUCAUCAGGUACCUGUGCGUCAACGUGUAAUGGCGGCUGGGCGACUGGUCGCAACCCAUUCGUUGACCCACCCUCAUCGGUCAUUGGAACAUGCGACACAGCUGUUGUUGGCAGUUGCAGUAUUCACGGUGGACCCGUGUCUUGUGGCCGGCCAUUGGAGCGGACAGUCAGUGAGGCAGGCGCACUCAAGGCGCUGGAGCAAACGACGCCAGAGCCAAUAGAUAGCACGACCUCGCCUGCCGCUGCAUUUGUCGUGAAUGCGCAUGAUUGCGCGACCCAAUUGCCUAUCCGCCAGGUCUUCGGCAAAGCCGCAGAAUCCUGCAAUCCAAGCCUCUCAAUGCCGCAAAAUGGCGGCGUCAAGAGCCCACACGGGCAGGAAUACGACGUGGCGGUAAAUCAUAGUUGGGUAAGCCGCGCACCAGGAGACGCUGCUGGUAUACAAGUGCAGGCUUCGGGACGUCUAACAUGCAGGCCAAUGUCCAAAUCGGCGACUUUAGAGGAGACGUACCAGCAUAAAACCGGCGAAUCCACCGUGUGAAUGCACCGCCGCGCGGUUGUGUGCACGGCCUGGGAAAAUAGAUCCGCCCUGUACAUUAAGACUUCGGUUCAAAUUGUGUGGUGCCUGGUUUCAAGCAGCUACACACGUAUAUUUGCAGCGUACGCAUGCAUGCUUGGCAAUAAGUAUCUUUGGCUGCAUGCGGGUUGAUGGGGUUUCGUGAUUUAACUGUUAUGUACAUUUCACGGUG